AUGAGUGAGGUUGGUUUUUUUUAUUAAAACGUUUUUCCUCAAAUAUAAAUGCAUUUCAUUUUUCAGAUCACACAGCGAAUGCACAGGAUCACGCCUGUGCCCCAACUGCUGUCGAGCUUGCUCCAGCAACGCAACGUCACUUCGAGCAAGACGAUUCCGAAAUUGUUGCCACAAUACUUUCAACAAUACUCGAAGUGACAGAAGAAGAAUCGAAAUCUGACGGAGAUCAAAGUCAGCAAUCAAUCGCCGCAAAAACGCCGCCGUCACCAAACCUCCGAAGAUACUUGGAAUAUAAGGGCCCCUAUGAUGCAGGGCAAGCAUUGAAGCAACCCACAACGAAUAACGUUAGUUUUUUUUAAUGUUCUCAAAAUAUUAUGAAAUUUUCUUUCAGUGAAAAAUUAUGAAAAUUUCUUUAUUUUUCGAAAACUUUUUUCGAACUUUCAUAAGAUUCACGAACCCGCUCUGUUCAUCCAUAAAAGUUUAAGAAAGAUAAAGUUUUUUAUAUUUUCUAUGAAAAUUUGAGAGUUUAAAAUUUUGAAAAGACUUUCAAUAAAAUUGAGAGAAAAAAACUUACCAAAUCCGAAUAUAAUUCCAUUUUUCAGAAGUUUCCUAUCGGGCCGAGUCCAAAUGAAAUGUCAAUAAUUAGAGAACGAAGUGACGAGUAUAGUUAUGAGAAUCUCUCCGAACAUCGCAAUCACUUCGGAUUCAGAUGCUCGGUCGCUCACCCCGAUUUACGAUACUUCUUCAUCAAACGAAUCUAUUGUGGUGGAAGACUCGGCAAAAUCGAAAAAGUGCAAUCGAGCUUUGAUAUUUGA